AUGGAUCCCACACCAGCUGCUGAAGUCGUCGAUGAAAAUAAGGUGGAAGCGCCCGUUACUUUCCGGGCGUACCUGAUUUGCGCCUUUGCCUCCUUUGGGGGCAUACUCUUUGGGUAUGACUCUGGUUAUAUCAACGGUGUCCUGGGCAUGCCGUAUGUAAAGUCACAUUUCGGUGGACCAGUUCCUACGUCUGUGGACAAAACUGGGUUCAAUGUUCAGACGUGGGAGAAAUCGUUGAUCGUCUCCAUUCUCUCUCUUGGUACGUUCCUUGGAGCCCUGUUUGCGGGCUCCGUGGCUGAAUGGAUUGGUCGCAGGCUUACAAUCAGUCUCUCCUGUCUCUUGUUCUCUGCUGGCGUCGCCAUUCAGGUAGCUGCUGUGAGAGUCCCUGAACUUGUUGGUGGGCGCCUAGUUGCAGGACUUGGUGUUGGCGGUGUCUCCACGGUUGUCAUCUUGUAUGUCUCGGAAAUUGCACCUAAACGUGUUCGCGGAACUCUGGUCUCAGUCUAUCAGUUUGCUAUCACCAUUGGUCUUCUAGUCUCGGCCUGCGUUGCCCAAGGCACCCAGAAAAUACCAACAAGUGCGUCGUAUCGCAUACCAAUCGCUGUGCAAUUUGCCUGGGCCUUCAUACUCGGUGUUGGCCUACUGUUCCUUCCUGAUUCCCCUAGGUAUUACAUCAAACAGGGCAAAAUGGACAAGGCAGCGGCUGCCUUGGCCCGGGUCAGGGGUCAGCCCGCACAGUCGGCUCGAAUUCAAGCUGAGCUCACAGAAAUCAAAGCCAAUUAUGACUAUGAGUCUUGCAUUUCGUCUUCGUCUUGGUUCGACUGCUUCAAAGGUGGCCUCUCGCCCAGCAGUAACUUAAAACGUGUCUUGGUUGGAACAGCGCUGCAAAUGUUUCAACAGUGGACAGGAGUGAACUUCAUAUUCUGGACAACCUUUUUCCAACAAAGUGGCCUUAGCAAUCCAUUUUUGAUCUCCGUUAUCACAAAUGUUGUAAAUGUCUGCUCUACCCCUUUAUCAUUCUACACGUUAGAGAGAUUUGGCAGACGGCCUCUCCUUAUCUGGGGUGCAUGUUUGAUGCUGAUAUGCGAGUUUGUUAUCGCAAUUGUUGGCACGGUUGCCCCUGGAUCUACUGCAGCGUCGAUGUGCCUGAUUGUUUUUGUGUGCAUCUAUAUAUUUGGCUUCGCCUCCACAUGGGGUCCUGGAGCAUGGGUGGCUGUCGGAGAGCUAUUCCCUCUACCUAUACGAGCAAAGGGGGUCGCUCUCUCUGUUGCAUCUAACUGGCUCUGGAACUGUGUUAUUGCCGUGAUUACGCCGUAUAUGGUCGAUCCUGAAAAGGGGAAUAUGGGCGCUAAAGUCUUCUUCGUUUGGGGGGCGACCUGCACCCUAUCGAUGUUGUUUGCGUUCUUCUAUGUACCAGAAACCAAAGGUCUAUCCUUGGAACAGGUGGAUCAGAUGCUCGAGGAGACAACUCCCAGAACUAGUUCAGCCUUUAAGCCGCAUGCUACCGUGGUAGAGGAGGCCAAGGCUGGUGCCUAG